CGUUGAAUUUAAUCAGAAUUGAUAUUUGAUGAAUUUCACACAGCUCUACGUGAAGAUGUAUGCAACAGAAACCUUAAGUGUGAAAAAGUUCAAUUAAUUUUACAACUUAUCAAAAACGUCGGUUUUUAAGACAAACCUGUAACAAGAUCACAAGAUAUGUUGAUGCAGACUUUAUGUUCAACAGAAGUCCGAAAAGAAUAUAGUUUCAUGUUUCGGUUUGGAAAAUUGAUUGGCAUCCCACACGCAGCAAAGGGCUAUGACAGCUUCCCUGUCCAAGAGGUUCAGGACACUCCAUUGACUUUAUCGCGUGACCUAAACGCAAAAGGUGACGUGAUGCCAGACUGAUUGAAAAAGAAUGCAUAUUUCUCAUUGUGAAAAACCCGAUAAUGCUGCGAUUCGCGCGGUUGCGUGCUGCAGGGGAAAUCCCUGUGUGCCAAAUUUGUACGCGGGGAUGAAUUGGCAUUUGUUUAAGGUGAAAAGUUCGUUACUGUUGAAUCCAAAGGAUGAAUGAUUAAUAUCUAUUGCGCGCUUCUCCUUAAAUUAGGGGGUUUAGAAACCAUAACGGUAAAGCCUCUUGUACGGCAUUGAUGUGCCAUUUGAAAACCGAUUCUUAAAAGGAAGAGGAUAGCGUUUGUAGGAGAGAGCGCGUUGAAGUUGAACUGGAGUAGACGAGCAAGAUCCAGUUGGUUUCGAGGGCUGACUCAUUCUGCCAAAGUGCGAUAAACUGAAUAUUUUCCUAAAAAUGGAAAAGGAGAAGAGUGAUCCGCUUCUGUGUUUUCUGUGCAACAACAAAUUCAAACGCCCUAAGAUUCUAAAUUGUUUGCACAGCUAUUGCGAGAAGUGUCUUCAACGCAUGCAGAAGUCGAGCAAACUUGCAAGGAAGGAUAUUCGGUGUCCAGUUUGCCGAGAGGCGACGCCGGUCGAGAACGGAGUCGAAGGGAUAAAAACAAAUUUCUUCCUGGGCAGGCUAGUAGAGGACGCCGUUGUUUCCGAGAUUCUUUGGAGCAAAAGUGCGAUAGCUUCUUGUGAGUUGUGUGAGCGAGAGGCUGUCUGUCGGUGCUACGAUUGCGCCAGGUUUCUCUGCUCCUGUUGUCGGGCAAUCCACGACCGUCUGCCGGCAUCAAGCGAGCACGGUGUGUGGUCCCUGGAUGAGUGCCGGCGUGCCGGUGCGACACCGGCCAGCGGAACGGGGCGGGACUGCCCUCCAGAGUGCUCGGGUCACGCAGGGGAACGGUGCCGGUUCUAUUGCCUGAGCUGCCAGAAGUUGAUCUGUCGGGACUGCACCGUACUCGAUCACAGCUCCCAAAAGUCCCACAACUACACCAGCCUGGAAAGCGCGGCCUGCGAAGAAAAGCGGACCACCGGAGCCCUAGUGGUGCGGCUGGAAAAGAAAAUUCCGCAACUUGAAGCUGCUCUUGAGGUUCUUACAGAAAUGGGUCCGGUGCUUAAAAGUCAGAACGAGAUGGCCAGGGGUCUGGUGCAGGCGGCGGCCAACAAAAUCAGGGAGAGCGUAACGGAGGCGGAGAAACGCCUCCUUAGAGAAAUUCGCCUGGAAAGCAGGCAACAAGAGAAAGAAUUGAGGGAGAACAAGAAGGAAGUCGUCGCCUUGCUGGAUGAUUGCCGCUUCUCCCACGAUGCUUCCAAGUUUUUUGUCCAGAAGUCCAAGGCUAGCGAGUUUCUCUGGCUCAACUCUAUCCUCACAAAGAAACUGCACGAUUUGGUCGCAAAAGAGGCACCUGUCGGACCUUCUGCUGUGAGGUUCAAGGAGAGAGAUACCGACAUUUCGCUGGGAACGUUAACCAAGGAGGACAUAACGGAGGCUGUCUCCAAAGAAGUAGCUCAGAGGAAACUAAAAGGAAAGGAAAAUUCCAGUUUUAAGAAAGCGCCUCGUAAAGUUUCUGCAGUGCAGUCCAAAGAGCCAGCUGUACCCGCUAACAAGGAAAACCAGCAUCAUGGACCGGGGGAAUGUGGUGAUUCGGAAGAGGAGAUUUCGGGGUCAUCUCAACCCUGCGAGUCAGACGAGCCGAGCACCUCCAUUAAGACGGCAACAUCCACAGGUCACGACGCCCCCGACGGGAAAAUGCAGAGUAAAUCAUCCCCGUCAGGUCUGAAGACGUCAUCUGCUGAUGCAGGAGCCCGAAGGACCAAAGAUGCCAUUCCGCCCUCGGAUAGGGUUCUGAGGUCGUCAUCAAAGGCGAACGCAAGUCAGAAUCAGGCAAUUCCAAGACCCACCCAGCACCAGCAACCUAGAGCCAGCAUUGAUCCCGUGCAAGGGUCACUGACCCAGGAUGUAGUCGACGGCCCUGCUCGUAGGCCGACAAUUAGGUCGAAAACACAGGGCCAGAGUGGAGACAGAUUAAAUCCUAGCUUGAGUGCGGCAGGUUCAGCAAAAGGGUUCACUACCUUACAAAAUAGACAGCCUCCGGCACAACCACCAAGCCAACACAAGCCUCAACACUUAACUCACGCAGCCUCCGCAACACAGGCAAAAUCAGAGCCGUUUCAGGACUUCAAGUUCAGUGGAGACCUCUCUGCAGCUCAGUUGCUUUCCUCAAUGCAGCAAGGCAAAGCAGUAGCUACAUCAGAGGAUGGGUCGUCCACACAUCCUCAUAGAGAUGGAGCACAGGCCCCUGCAGGGAUGUAUGCGCCAGAGGGCAACUCACAGGGAGUCAAUGGCAGUGACAACGAGAAUGACACGGAUAGUGAUGGUUCUGAUCUGUAGCCAUAGAAAAAAAAGAAAAAACAAAGUGUGUUCCCAUGGUGACUUAUGGGCGAGUAAUCUGAUUGCAUGUGGGUACGCGGGGCUAAUGUUAAAAAAACUUGAGGCCUAAAAUUAAUUUUCGAUAAAGUUUAUUAUUUUAUCGGGGGAUCCUUCACAUGUCCCUUUAUUUCUUAGUUGUGUUUCAAUCGAUUAAUGAGUUUAUGGUCUGCAGUGCUGAUGUUGGGAAGUGGUUGCCAUGAUGAAUUUUUAACAUUUCUACAGCUUGAAGUGACAGUUUGGAACUGAAAAGAACACCCAUAUGUAAAUAUGUGAACUUUUGAAUUUGCAUUUGGAUAAUCAAUUGUCGAAAUACUACCGUGAAAAUUUAACUAAGUCAUACAAAACUGGUGCGUGAUGAAAAAAAAAGUCAGUAAAAAGAAUAUUUGGAAUUACAAUUUUAUAUCCAAUAAUUGUUUUCAUUAAAGGAGCUAACUGAUUAUAAAAGAUUAAACUAAACUCCUUUGAAAGUUUUGAGCUUCGAAUUAAAAAAACAUAAUCUGAUUGUCUCAUUUUCAUUGUUCGUUGUUGUUGGUUGCUGUUUUUUCUUUCGAAGUACUGCUUAAAACUUUGAUGUUAUGUUGUUCGAAUACGUUUUUGUACUUGUUAUCUUAGGUGUAGUUUUUGAAUGCAUAAAAUUUUUCUCUUGAAAGUAGACCCAAGCUUUUGUAGAAUAAGCUUUCUGCUUCUAGUAAUGUUACCAAACAAGAUCAAGGGUUUGUGUAAUCUGCUAAUUGGCCAAAAGACA